AUGAAAUUAGCGCCACUCAACACCGUUCCGAACGCUCACGAGGACUCGGUCUGGACGGCGGCGUGGGUGCCGGAGACCGAGGACUCGGGGCCGCUGCUCCUGACGGGUUCGCUCGACGAGACGGUGCGGCUGUGGAGCCCGGAGGGCCCUGAGAAGGUCCAAACGAACGCCGGCCACUGCCUCGGCGUCGUGUCGGUGGCCGCACACCCGUCCGGAAGGAUUGCGGCGUCCGCCUCCCUCGACAGCUUCGUGCGAGUUUUUGACGUCGCCACCAACAACACCAUUGCCACUCUGGAAGCUCCGCCUUCUGAAGUAUGGCAGCUGCAGUUCAAUCCUCAGGGCACAACACUGGCGGCAGCUGGCGGCGGCAGCACCUCCGUGAAGCUCUGGGACACGGCCGAGUGGAAGCUGAUAGCCACCCUCGAUAUCCCAAGGCCCGAGGGCCCGAAGCCCUCUGAGAAACACAGCAGCAAGAAGUUCGUCCUCUCAGUCGCAUGGAGCCCCGAUGGGCGCCACCUGGCGUGCGGAUCCACCGACGGCACCAUCUCUGUUUUCGACGUGGCUCGAGCCAAGUUCACCCACCACCUGGAGGGCCACCGAAUGCCCGUUCGCAGCCUUGUCUACGCGCGGGCCCAAGCCGACUCCCGAAUCCUCUUCUCGGCUUCGGACGAUGGCCGAGUGCACGCGUACGACUCGAGUGGCAAGGCACUGGUCAUGUCGUUGUCGGGCCACUCGGGCUGGGUUCUGAGCGUGGAUGCAUCUCCAGAUGGGCUUGCGGUUGCAACGGGCUCCAGUGACCGGAGCGUGAGGCUGUGGGACCUCAAGAUGCGGGCCUCCACCCAGAUACUGACGGGCCAUGCCGACCAGGUUUGGGCUGUGGCGUUUGGGCCUGUGUCGAGGACUGACGUGAGGUCGUGCCUGCUGGCGAGCGUGUCGGACGAUAAGAGCGUGGCGUUUUACAAGUAUUCUUGA